UCUGGAUCCUCCACAUGUUUCUAAGAGGAAAGAAAAUGAAUAUAUCACCUGUGAUGAUAGCAUUUGAAGACCUGGCUGUGUACUUUACCUGGGAGGAAUGGCAGAACAUGAACAAUGCUCAGAAAAUCCUGUACAGAGAUGUGAUGCUGGAGACCUACAGCAGCCUCUUCUCCUUGGGGCACUACAUUACCAAACCUGACUUAAUCUUCAAGUUGGAGCAAGGAGAAGAGCCAUGGAUGGUGGACAAAUGUUUGCAUCAGAGCCUUUCAGUGGUCAUGAAAAUGGAUGACCUGAUUAAGAUCAACCAGGAAAGUCAGGACAAAAAUCUGAAUCAGGAUUUUAUGAAAAAUAACAAGACAUCAGCUCACAAGAGAGUUGAAUUAAGAAAAACCCUUAGUUUAAAUUCAAGCCAUAUUCCAACAAUGAUUAUUAAAAAGGGAAUCUAUUCAGGAUUGAAGCCUGAGGAAUGCAAUAAAUGUCACACUGUGUAUCCCCACAGUGGGCCUGAUCAACUACAGGCUGGAGAGAAAUUUGAUAACACUAAGAUACCUGGAAAAUCUCUCCAGUUCUGUGAGCCUCUUAGUCAGUAUGACAAUAUCCACAUCAUGAAGCAGCCAUUUGGACCCACUGGACAAGCAAAAGUCUUCACAAGAAAGAUGUUCUGUAAAUCUGAGAGGGUUCAUAUGGCAGAAAACUGUAAUAAAUCAACUGUCACUUUUGGAAAAGCAACUCAAAUAGAAAAGGCUAUCCAUGAAAAUUCUAGCCUCAAUAUGCAUCAACAAACUCACACAAGAAAGAAAUUUUAUAAGUACAUUAAGUAUGUUGAACCUGUCAUUCACCAGUCACAUCUUGCAAUAAAUCACAGACUAAAUACAAGGGAAAAACUUUACACAUGUAACCCUUGUGGAAAAUCACUCAGUAUUAAUUCACCUUAUGAAUGUAAUGACUGUGGAAAAGCCUUUGGACAAAAGUCCGUCCUCAGGAAAUGUCAACAAAUUCACACAAGAGAGAAACCACAUGAAUGUAGUGAUUGUGGAAAAGCCUUUACACAAAAGUCAUACCUCAUAAACCAUCAGCGAAUUCACACAGGGGAGAAACUUUAUAAAUGCCUUCAUUGUGGAAGAGGCUUUCUGUGGAAGUCAGCCCUCAUCAUACACCAGAGAAUUCACACAGGGGAGAAACCUCAUGAAUGUAAUGACUGUGGAAAAGCCUUUGGAUGCAAGUCACACCUCAUCAUACACCAACGAAUUCACACAGGGGAGAAACCUCAUGAAUGUAAUGACUGUGGAAAAGCAUUUGGACAAAAGUCAGACCUCAUCAUACACCAGAGAAUUCACACAGGGGAGAAACCUCAUGAAUGUAAUGACUGUGGAAAAGCAUUUGGACAAAAGUCACACCUCAUCAUACACCAGAGAAUUCACACAGGGGAGAAACCCCAUGAAUGUAAUGACUGUGGAAAAUACUUUGGACACAAGUCACACCUCAUGAAACAUCAGCAAAUUCACACAGGGGAGAAACCUCAUGAAUGUAAUGACUGUGGAAAAGCCUUUGGAUACAAGUCACACCUCAUCAUACAUCAGAGAAUUCACACAGGGGAGAAACCUCAUGAAUGUAAUGACUGUGGAAAAUACUUUGGACACAAGUCACACCUCACCAUACACCAGCGAAUUCACACAGGGCAAAAACCUCAUGAAUGUAAUGACUGUGGAAAAGCCUUUGGACAGAAGUCACACCUCAUAAAACAUCAGCGAAUUCACACAGGGGAGAAACCUCAUAAAUGUAAUGACUGUGGAAAAGCCUUUGGACAAAAGUCAGACCUCAUCAUACACCAGAGAAUUCACACAGGGGAGAAACCUCAUGAAUGUAAUGACUGUGGAAAAGCCUUUGGAUGCAAGUCACACCUCAUCAUACACCAGCGAAUUCACACAGGGGAGAAACCUUAUGAAUGUAAUGACUGUGGAAAAGCCUUUGGACGCAAGUCACACCUCAUGAAACAUCAGCGAAUUCACACAGGGGAGAAACCUCAUGAAUGUAAUGACUGUGGAAAAGCCUUUGGACGCAAGUCAGACCUCAUGAAACAUCAGCGAAUUCACACAGGGGAGAAACCUCAUAAAUGUAAUGACUGUGGAAAAGCCUUUGGACGCAAGUCACACCUCAUCAUACACCAGCAAAUUCACACAGGACAGAAACCUCAUAAAUGUAAUGACUGUGGAAAAGCAUUUGGACGCAAGUCAGACCUCAUGAAACAUCAGCGAAUUCACACAGGGGAGAAACCUCAUAAAUGUAAUGACUGUGGAAAAGCCUUUGGACGCAAGUCACACCUCAUCAUACACCAGCAAAUUCACACAGGACAGAAACCUCAUAAAUGUAAUGACUGUGGAAAAGCAUUUGGACAAAAGUCAGACCUCAUCAUACACCAGAGAAUUCACACAGGGGAGAAACCCCAUGAAUGUAAUGACUGUGGAAAAGCCUUUGGACGCAAGUCAGACCUCAUGAAACAUCAGCGAAUUCACACAGGGGAGAAACCUCAUGAAUGUAAUGACUGUGGAAAAGCCUUUGGACGCAAGUCACACCUCAUCAUACACCAGCAAAUUCACACAGGACAGAAACCUCAUAAAUGUAAUGACUGUGGAAAAGCAUUUGGACAAAAGUCAGACCUCAUCAUACACCAGAGAAUUCACACAGGGGAGAAACCUCAUGAAUGUAAUGACUGUGGAAAAGCAUUUGGACAGAAGUCACACCUCACCAUACACCAGCGAAUUCACACAGGGGAGAAACCUCAUGAAUGUAAUGACUGUGGAAAAGCCUUUGGACGAAAGUCAGGCCUCAUCGUACACCAGCAAAUUCACAAAAGGGAGAAACCUCAUGAAUGUAAUGGCGAUCGAAAGGCCUUUGGAUGAAAGUCAGACCUCAUGAAACAUCAGAGAAUUCACACAGGGGAGAAACCUCAUAAAUGUAAUGACUGUGGAAAAGCAUUUGGACGAAAGUCACACC